GGCUGGGAGCGAUGGCGGCGGCGGCGGGCGGCGGGGCUCCAGGCGGGACCGGGCCCGAUUCGCCUCCGCUCUUCAACCUGCGGCGGCGAUCGCGGUACCAGGGCCCGGAAGAGGCGGUGACGCUGCAGAAGGUGUUGGGAAUCACCACCCAGAACAGCAGCGGCCUGGCUUGUGACCCGGCCACGGGGCUGCUGGCCUACCCCGCUGGGUGCGUCGUCGUCAUCCUGAAUCCCCGGGAGAACACGCAGAGACACAUCCUGAACACCUCCAGGAAAACCCUGAGCGCAUUGGCAUUCUCGCCCGACGGGAAGCUCAUCGUCACCGGAGAGAACGGACACCGACCGGCCGUCCGCGUGUGGGAUGUGGAGGAACGGGCGCAGGUCUCGGCGUUGCACGGUCACAAGCACGGCGUGGCUUGCGUCGCCUUCUCCCCGAGCGCCAAAUAUCUGGUGUCGGUGGGGUACCCGCACGACAUGGUGGUCAACGUUUGGGAUUGGAAGAAGGAUUCCCUGGUCGCGUCCAACAAGGUGUCCUGCAAAGUGACGGCCGUGUCCUUCUCCGAGGACAGCUACUUUGUCACCGUGGGGCAUCGCCACGUCAAGUUUUGGUUCCUGGACUCGUCGAGGGAGCUGAAGAUCAACGAGACGGUGCCGCUGGUGGGCCGUUCGGGGCUGCUGGGAGAGCUCCACGACAACGUUUUCUGCGGCGUUGCCUGCGGCCGGGGGCAGACGUCGGGCAGCACCUUCUGCGUUUCCUCCUCGGGGUUGCUCUGCCAGUUCAACGAGAAGCGGGUGCUGGAGAAAUGGAUCGUUCUGAAGGUGCCGUUGGCAAACUGCCUCUGCCUCAGCGAGGAGCUGAUAUUUUGCGGUUGCGCCGACGGCACAGUGAGGAUAUUCCGGGCUCGUGACAUGCGCUACCUCUGCGAUCUCCCCAAACCUCAUCCCCUGGGCGUCGAUGUCACUCAGGUCCCCCCACCGAGGCGGCCGGACCUGGCGUACCCUGACACCAUCGCCUUGGCCUACGACGCCUGCAACCGUUGGCUGUCCUGCGUCUACAAGGACCACAGCGUCUACGUCUGGGAUGUCGGAGACCUGCGGAACGUCAGGAAGGUCUGGUCGGACCUUUUCCACAGCUCCUUCGUCUGGAGCGUCGAGGUGUACCCCGAAUUCGAGGAGCGGAGAUCCUGUCUGCCUCCCGGCUCCUUCCUGACGUGCUCCUCGGACAACACCAUCCGCGCCUGGACCCUGGAAAGCGGCUCCGUGCGGCCCGUUCAGGGCAACGCCUACAGCACGACCCUGCUGAACGUCGUCUACGUGGACAACAACACGCAGCACCUCCAGGAUUCUUCCGGCGUGCCCGACCGAAGCGAGAACGUGGGUCACCUCGACGUCAAAUCCGGGGUGCGGGUGAUGCAGGUCAGCCCCGACGGGGAGCAUCUGGCGUCGGGGGACAGAGGAGGAACCCUCAGGAUACACGAGCUGCAGUUCAUGCGGGAGGUGGCUAAAGUGGAGGCUCAUGAUUCCGAAGUUCUUUGCUUGGAGUAUUCGAAACCGGAGACCGGAGCAGCGCUGCUGGCUUCGGCGAGUAGAGACAGGCUGAUCCACGUCCUGAACGUAGAUAAAAACUACAAGCUGGAGCAAACCCUGGAUGAUCACUCCUCCGCGAUAACGUCGGUCAAAUUUGCCGGCAACGGGGAUGUUCAGCUGAUCAGCUGCGGCGCCGAUAAAAGUAUUUAUUUCCGCAACGCUCAAGAGCUCUCGGACGGCCUCAAUUUCAUUAGGACGCAUCACGUCGCCGAGAAAACCACCCUGUACGACAUGGACAUCGACAUCACGCAGAAAUACGUUGCCGUCGCUUGCCAGGACAGAAACGUCAGGGUGUACAGCACGACCAGCGGGAAGCUCAAGUGCUGCUACAAGGGCUCGCAAGGCGACGACGGUUCCUUGCUGAAGGUGCGGUUGGAUCCCUCGGGCACCUUCCUGGCGACGAGCUGCUCCGACAAAAGCAUCGCCCUCGUCGACUUCCACUCCGGGGAGUGCGUGGCGAAAAUGUUCGGUCAUUCGGAAAUAGUCACGGGAAUGCGGUUCACCUACGACUGUAAGCACCUCGUCACCGUCUCGGGAGACAGCUGCAUCUUUAUUUGGCACCUGGGUCCCGAAAUCACCAGCAACAUGAAGCAGCACUUGUUGGAGCUCGAGCUGCUGCAGCCUAAGCGGGCGAAGGAACCCGGUGCCCCGGCGCAGCUCAGGCGGGAGACGUACGUCACCGUUCCCGGCGGGACGGCAGCCCCCGGUGCCGACGGAGAUACCGACGAGGAGCCCGAGGACGAGGCCUCGUCCCCGCAGACGCCCUCCAAGGAGGAUUCGGGGCCGCCUCCGGCGUGCGUCCUAACCAACGGCAGGCUGCCCAUGUGGGCAAAGAGGCUGCUGGGAGAGGUGGAAGACGAGGCCGGGGCGACCGCCAAUCCCCGCGGGAGUUACCGGCCACGGGGGCGAUGGGCAGAGCGCGCCGAGAGGGGCCCCAUCAAGACGCUGCCGGAGGGGGAUCCCCCCUAUUUCACCCCCCUCAAACCCCACCUCGAGGACGACGCGGAGCUGGAACCCGUGAUCUGGAGCCUGGAACGUCUGCUUUCGGAGAUGGAGAGCUCUCCUACCGAAUUCACCGAGGACUCGUGGCCCUCUGAGCUCUUCCAGCACAAGGAAAUCAACGGGAGACUGGAAUCGCCGGAUCCAACCGGGAUCGGCCUGGAGGAGCCGCACGUGCCAGAGACAAGCAGGCCAAGCGUGAUGGAGCUGCCGCUGCGCCCCGUCUACCCGGAGGAGCACGGGCUUAACCGGGACGCCGCCUCGUCCUCCGUUUCACCGGCACCUCGCUACCAGCCGGAAGACGAGGACUCGGCAGGUGCUGCCGGGGAGGUGGAGGAGCCGGAAAACCCGCCGCUGAGCAGCUCCCUACCCCAGACCCCUGAGCAGGAGAAGUACCUCAAGCAGCACUUCGAAACGCUGACGGACGCCGAAGAGAAGUUUGACGGUUCCUUAAAGGAUUUAAAACCACCCGAACCUGGAAACGAGGAAAAAAACUUGUUCUUGAACCCGCGCUUGAGCAUUUCGGCCCGGUUCCUCUCGCGCUGCCAAAAGAACAGCCGGCUGGCGGCCGCCAUCCCCCCGCGGGCACGGUCCCGGCUGCAGAGCCCUGCCCGUCUCCAGGAGCCGCUCAGCGACCGGCCGGAAACAUCUCGGGAGCUCCAGCAAGCGGAGAAACCGCCGGAUGAAAAACCUUGGGAAACGGGAGAGGAAACGGGCUCUGACGCCGGCAAACCUACGGCCGCAGGAUCCCACCUCCGGCUCCAGCCCGUCGCCACGGCCCUGCGGCAGCUGCGCGCCCACUUCCAGGAGAUGCUGGGGCUCUACGACCAGGUGACCCUCAGCGCCGAGGCCACCGAGGACGACGUCUUCCAGGUCAGAACCGCGUUAGCCGAUUUUUUCGGCUGGAUAAAAACCCAGCUGCGCUCCCGCGCCGUGACACGCGACGCCGACGUCGCUACCGCCGCGGACGGCCCGGCGACGCUGCCGGAUCCCGAAAUCCGGGCGCUGCUCCGCGUUUACUCCGACUCUCUCCUGGAGAUGGUUCGGAGCAGGCUGGAGGGCAACAACCCCGAAACGCUUUAAAUUCCGGGUUUUGGGGCGCCGGCUUCCUUUUCCGGUUACGUUUUUGGUGGGGUUUUGGGUUUUUUUUAGGCAAUUCUCUAAGUUUUAACCGGUUUUGGGGCUUUCGGAUGUAUAUUUUCCCUCUCGGUUUCCAGCUCAGCGCCCCAAAACGCCCCUCCGAGCCCCGAACCCGCUGGCGGCGACCUUCGUCGUCGAUUUUUUAAG